GAAGGGUGCAUACACGCGGUUGCGCCUGACGAGAUGAAAGUCAGACUAGCUCUUUCUCCUCAGCAGUCUGCCAGUACCAAGCUUCCUGUGUCGAGGUAUCGGCAAUCCAUGCUCUCUCCGAUCCCGAAUCAGCCACGAGUUGUCACGCUCGCGUGUGUACCUGUUUAAUUGGUCAUACGAAUUGUGUUUCUUGGUGCAUAACGCGGAAAGGCUCUUCCGCAGAACAGAGUGGAAUCUCACAUAUUGGGGACUGAAGAACCAAGACUUGCAUCGUCAGAGUUUGUUACACAUGGUGGCCCAGGGACGGUGUUUGCAAUCUGAUGUGAUGUGAGACACGCUUGUCGCCAUGUUACGCCUUCUGGCCGUGGUGGGAGCGCUGUUUGGACUGGCGUUGCCUGGCAACAAUGUUGGGGUCGCUUACCAACCCGAGUUCGCCGAGCCUAUCACUAACCUUACAGUGCCUGUGGGCAGAGACGCAACGUUCCAAUGCAUGGUGAUGCAUCUCGGUGGCUACAGGGUUGGUUGGGUGAAGGCAGACACAAAAGCGAUCCAGGCGAUACAUGAUCACGUCAUCACCCACAAUCCACGUGUUUCCGUGUCACACAGUGAUUACUCCACGUGGAAUCUACAUGUCAAAAAUGUUCAAGAAGAAGACCGAGGGAUGUACAUGUGCCAAAUCAACACAGACCCUAUGAAAAGCCAGAUGGGCCACUUAGAUGUGGUCGUACCUCCUGACUUCGUCAAUGAAGACACAUCUGGUGAUGUGAUGGUGCCUGAAGGGGGCACAGUGAAGCUGACAUGCAGGGCGCGGGGUUACCCCAUUCCACACGUCCUGUGGCGGCGCGAGGAUAAUAUAGACCUUGUCAUUAAGGAGCCUUCGGGAGUCAAAACGAAAGUAUCAACAUACCAGGGGGAGAUCCUUAAACUUUCGAAGAUCACGAGGUCCGAGAUGGGGGCGUACCUGUGUAUAGCUUCUAAUGGAGUCCCGCCUUCAGUCAGCAAGAGGAUCAUGGUCAACGUACACUUUCAUCCGGUUAUUCAAGUGCCAAACCAGCUGGUGGGUGCUCCACUGAACACUGACGUCACCCUCGAAUGCUACGUGGAAGCAUCACCCAAAUCAAUCAACUACUGGGUUCGACACACCGGAGAGAUGGUGAUUUCUAGCGACAAGUACGAGGUGAAACUGAUCAGCAAGUCACUCUUCGAAGUGCGAAUGGUGCUGGUGAUCAGAAACAUAAUGGCAAGUGAUCUGGGUCCAUACCGAUGCAUCGCCAAGAACUCACUCGGGGAAGUGGAAAGCAACAUUCGUCUUUAUGAGAUUCCCGGCUCCACGCACAGAGUGUUUCCAACUCGAUAUGACGAGGAGGACUACGUGGACCGUGGGUCUGCAGAACGAGAGGAAGAGGAGGAACAAACCAACAUUUUGGUCCAAAAACCCGGGGCCCUCAUUCCGACCUUGGGCCCUCCUGCCCUUGGAACUCAUCAUACCUACACAGAGAACCAGGCACCCAUACCUCCGGCACGUGCUGGGGGCCACAGACCCAGUCUCAGCAGAAGUUGCAGCUUACAACGAGAAGUUUGGGUUGUUGUACUUGUUUCCCUUCUAAUCUUCGUCCCGGUGAUGGAGAGAGUGUAGGUCGAGGGGGUGUAUCUGUGGCAGAACACUCUACAUUGUGACACGAUGUCUGCAGCAGCAGAGGUCUCUGUGAUAUAAGGCAGGCCUUACAAAACAAUACUGUCUGACGUACAACAAAGUCCUGACCUCACAACAAUAACUGUGACAGAUCGUACAUACCAAUAAUGCCUGUGAAAGAACACAGGCCUUACAUAGCGACUUUGUUCAGUGUUUAUAUAAAUUGCAUUGAGCUUACAGUGAAGUGUCGCACUGACUAAUGUGCACUGAAUUCAGAAAGCGGGAAGGUCAAACCCCAAAUCUUUAGUUCCACAAGAAGUCAAUCCUCUGAGUUAACAAAAGUUAAGCUGAACCGUGUCCUGUAAACUAAAUAUGGACAAUCUGUUGAGAGACGCAACAAAUAUCAGUGAGAUCUUCGAAGGUAUGAUAAAAUUCAAAAUGCUACAGAAUUUCUUGGUGAACAUUCUCCAGAAUUAAACAUGUAGUAAGUAACAGAAAAAGGCACAAUAGAUCACAGUGGUCGCGGUGCAAGGGCCAAGAAAGCCUAUCCCUUAUACAAGUAACAAAAAAUAGUGCAGCAUCGUGCAUUGACAAUAAUUUUGCUUCACCUCUGAGUGAAGUGGACUUUGGGCCUAUCUGUAUAACAUUAGAUUGAAAUAUAUUAAACCAGGAGCGAACAUAUAUGUUUUCUGGACAAAUUGCUGUUAGAUUUUCACUGCAAUUGAGACAUUAGGAUCGGCGCUGUGAACGUAACAUUACAAAGGUAAUGAUUUUAAUUUUAUAAUAAUAAACGACAUGAACUGAAAUGUAAAUCAGCAAAGUAAGUGAAACAUUGAAGUCAAAUGUCAAUUUAUUUUUCAGUUUAAUUCUCUUUUAAAUACAAAAAUACAGAGAUCAUGAAAUAUUUGUUAUUUUUGGAAUGUUUAUCAAGAAUACUGUUAAUUCCACCUUGAAAAGGCAAUAGAACUUAACUGUUCAUUAUAGUAAAUAUUGCAGAACAGAAAUUUCAGUUAAACAUUUAGUAGAAUAGUAAAUCAUGGUAUUUGCGAAGACAUUCCCUCUUUUUGUAGGUAUGAUAUUAAUUUACGUUUAUUUUAAAAUACGCAAUAUUAGCUGAACAUCAUGAGAAUUGUUGAAAGGGGGUUUAAUUUGUUUUCUUAUAGAAUGUGCAGUAUUUCGUAAUUUUUUUUGCCAGGUUAGAGGUUUUGAAUUUUAAGAACCGUAUAUAUAGGCCUGCUACUUACCCUGAACAUUUUCUUUACCUAUGUUAUUUGCUAAAUAUUUUUACAUAUGAAGUAGUUUCCUACAAUCGUAUAUUUUAUAACACAUCACAAAGUCGUGGCUAUUAUUGGUUUACAAAAUUAAGUCCUUUCACAUUCACAUACAUUGUCAGAUACCAGACUUAUUCGAUGCAGUUAAACUAUCCACUCAAAUAUCUAGUCUUCUGAAGUUCAUUAGAAAUUGUUCUGCAAUUUUAAAUAUGUUAAUCAUAUUAUGAAGCUAACCAAGAACACAAUCUGCAUUAUAAGUGGAGAGACAGACUCUUGACUGGACGCCUGUGUUUCGAUUACUGAUGGCAUAAUUAGGAUUAUUUCCUAAGUAAACACGCCCUCAGAUUGCUCUAAUGAUAAUCUACGUUCCUGCCCAAUGUGAGAGACAGGUUAACAACUCACGGGGAUAAUAGAAACCAGGGCUAAAACCUGGCAACUCAGCUGCACCUUGCGGCUAAGUUACAAAUAUGUUGAGCUCUUCUCUAUGGGGCCCAUAAACGUCUUAGACCCAAAUGCAUAUUUAUAUUGGCCAUUCACGAUACCUCGUACAUUACUAAGUAUAGUCCUAUUUUUUAAACGUGGCGAUGCCGUUAGAAUGGGCAGUGGAUUUCGCUGACAUGAAUCACAGAGUGUGGGGACGGAAGGGGGUGAUUUAAUUAAUCAGAAGCUAUGAAUGUUUCAACUUCUUUUAAUCACGUUGCCUCUCUUUCUUCUUGACAGUACUUCAUGGAUGGAGACGUAACUGACAACCAGCUCUACCUUCACUUAUUCUCUCAUGCAAAUCAGCUGCUGUAGUUAAAAUUUUAACCAUAAUUACUGUUUAAAGUCGAUAUACGAUCUGAUUUUUCCCUCUUUAAAACACGGUAUUUUAACAUUUCAAUUUCGAAAUUGAAUGCGGUAUCACAAUUCAGUUACACAGGAGAAGGAAAGCUUUUAGAUUGUGGGCAAGCUUCAAGUAUUUACAACUUUACAUGCAGAACCUUUGCUUAUUCUUUUAUCCGCAAGGAACUGCAUAGGAUGCGUGUAUGUUUAUUUUGUGGAAUUCCGGAGUAACGGUACAGCAUAUUGCAUUGACCUUGCGAAAUCAUCUCGCUGUGAAUUCCAAAAUACUCUGCUUGUGGUUACAGUGCAUACGCACUUUGAGUAAUUAUGGUUAAAUUAAUAUUUUGCAAAUUUCAAGGCUCUAAAAUCGUCUUUUAUAGUGUCAUUAUGAAGCACUAUUAUAUACCUACUUUUAGUAAAGCAGUCUAUGAUCACUGUAUUUUUAUACAAACAUUUGCGUGAAUCGGGGAAAACUGAAAAUGCUGCAGUAAAACAAAUUUCGAAAUGGUUCAAUACUCAAAAGGUUACUUCCGAUGUACUGUUUCGAACGUUCGUGGCCAAUUUGUAGGCCACGUCUGUCAAGCUGGAUUUGGCCUGAAUACAUUGACGUAU